UCCCCUGUUUUCCCGCAGCUGUAACACAAACACAGACACACACCCGAGCUGAGUGCUGAGGGAGCCGGUACCGCCUCGUCCCCUCGCUGGCAGACACAGCGACACCCACAGCCACAGCCACAGGGACAGGACACCGGGACACCGCAGUUGUGGACGGGAGACGAGGUGUUCAUAACCCCUCAGGCGUGCUACGAUUUCCAGCUGGGUGCAGUUCUCCAGAUAUGGCAUCAUUCCUGAUUCCAGGUGACCACGCAGACCCUCCCGAGGAGACCACCCCAGCGAGCUGACACACAGCGCCGCCCCUUCGCCCAGUGGGUGCCGGUGGAAGAUGGCGGACGCGGGAGGGAGCCUGGCCGAACUCGAGAAGUCUUUCCGCAAGUUCGCCAUCCACGGAGACACCAAGGCCAGUGGCCUGGACAUGACGGGCAAGAACUUUGCCAAGCUCUGCAAGGACUGCAAGGUGAUCGAUGGGAAGACUGUCACUGGCACUGAUGUGGACAUCGUCUUCACCAAGGUCAAGGCAAAGUCAGCUCGUGUGAUAAACUUUGAGGAGUUCAAACAAGCUCUGAAGCAGCUGUCGAAGAAAAGGUUUAAGGACCUGGGGGAGGAUGAAGCGCAGGAAGCCACAUUCACCCUCAUUGCCGGCAAGGAUCCCGUGUUGGUCGGAGUCACAAAGGCAGCCAAGGCCGGCGCUGUGGAUCGCCUGACAGACACGUCCAAGUUCACGGGGUCCCACAAGGAGCGGUUUGAUGAGAGCGGCAAGGGCCGGGGCAGGGCGGGGCGCGAGGACCUGGUGCAGCACACGGGCUUUGUGGCUGCCUACAGGGGCAUGGGCACCUAUGACGAGAAGGUCAAGGGCUCCAAGUGAUUGGCUGGGAUGGUGGAGCCAGCCCCUCUCUCUUUCCUCCUCUCUCCCCUGCUCCUCAGCCCUCGCCCCCUCCAGCUCGCUCCCUGACUCCCUCCAUGGUUUGGGGGACGGGUGUGGUUGGGUGGUUGUGGGGGAGGUGUUCCUUGCUUCCUUGGCAUUCACCCGCUUGACCCUGGAGUCGCCCAGCACAGAAACAGGACGUUCGGCCUGGCUCGUCCACACUGGCCAACGUACCUGCCUAGGCUUCUGUCGUUUGUUUGGCUGUAUCCCUCUACAGCUCUCCUCUCCGUCUACCUGUCCAAUCAUUGCUUAAAAGUAGUAAUCGACCCCACCUCCUCUGGAAGCUCCACCGCCCUUUAAACCUCUCCCCCUCUCAAUUUAAACCUGUACGCUCUACUAAACUCCUCUACCCCUCAUGAUUUUAUCAGGUCACGCUCCUCUGGCAACGCAUCCCAGACAACAAACCCUGUCUUUGUGAAAGACGCUUACCCCUCAAGUCCCCUUUAAAACCCCUCCCCUUAAACCUGCCCCCUCAAACCUACCCCCUCUAGCUGCUGAUCUGCGUGCUCUAAGCACCUCAUCUUCCCUCCUGUGCUUGACCUAUAGUUUUUCCGCUCUAAGCUCCCCAUUGGCUGACCUUGGAGGGUGUGUCUCCUCAAUCUUAUCUCAACGUAUAUUCUCCUUCCAUCAGAAGCCAUUCGGCCCUCCCAGUCUGAGCUAGCUCUCCAAGCUAGCACUCCCUGUAACCUGCUCUCUCUCACGUGUUCCUCAGCUCUUGAAAGCCCCCGCCACCCUCUCAUACUAUGACAGCUUUUUAACCUGGUUGGCAUCUGUUGGGGAUGUGGGUGGGGUUUGGGUGCUCCAGGAGGGGACGGGAGCAGAGUGCUUAUGAAAUAAGAUCACAAGACCAUAACACAUAAGAGCAGAAUCAGGCCAUUUGGCCCAUCGAGUCUGCUCCACUAUUUCAUCAUGGCUGAUCCAUUUUCCCUCUCAGCCCCAAUCUCCCCAUAUCCCUUCACGCCCUGACUAAUCAAGAAUCUAUCAACCUCUGCCUUAAAAACACCCGAUGACUUGGCCUCCACAGCCGCCUGUAGCAACGAAUUCCACAGAUUUACCGCCGUCUGGCUGAAGAAAUUCCUUCUCUCCUCCGUUCUGAAAAUAUGCGGGCUCAGGCCAUAGCCGAUGUUGGGAUCAAACUCGGGUCCCCAGAGCCAUGAGUCCACAGCUCCCGUCACUGGGCCACUUCCCGGGGAUUGCUUAAGCAUUUGACAGUAUCUCUGUAGAGUCAUACAGCACGAAAAUAGGCCCUCAGGCCCAACUGGUCCCUGCAGACCACGAUUCCCAUCUGAGCUCAUACCAGGGGUUUGACCCAAAUCCCUCUAAACCUCCCCCAUCCGUGUACCUGUUCUAAUGUCUCUUCAACAUGAUGUAAACAUACCUGCCUCAACCACUUCCUCUGGCAGCUCGUUCCAUUUCCUCACCACCCUCUGGGUGGAAAAGUUCCCACUCAGGUCCCUGUUAAAUCUCUCCCCUCUCACCUUAAACCUGUGCCCUCUAGUUCUUGGUUUCCCAACCCUGAAUGCGUAACCCAUUCCCCCUUCGGUGAAAGAAGUCCCAAUCUGCUCGACCUCUCCCCAUAAUCCAGUCCUUCGAUUCCCAGUAACAUCCUCAUAAACCUCAUGAACUCUUUCUGGCUUGUAGCAUCUGUCCUGCAGCAGGGCAAUCAAUACUUCAAGUGUGGCCUCGCCAACAUCUUGUGCAACUGAAACACGGUCUCCCAACUUCUGCCCUCAGUGCAUUCAGUGAAAUCAGAAUCCGGACAAUUGUUCGGCUUGCAGCCCGCAUCUCCCUUCAUUCCCACUGCGUUUCCUUCACCAAGAGCAAGUCUGGUUCAGUUGUACCCUCCGAUCUGCCAGGCAGAGGAGAAGGGUGUGUGGGUGGGGAGGGAUUUGGUUUCUUAACAUCACCAGGAGAUUUUCUUAUGAAAAGCCCCUCGAUCAAGUGAAAGCUGAUAAAAGAGAGCAAAAUCCAGAUUGUGAGUCUGUAUUUGAACAUCUCAGAUCCAGAGGUGGACGAUGUUGAGGUGUUUUCACCAGUGGGAGGGAUACCAGUCACUUAAAACUGAGGAGAGCGGUGAACCUCUGGAAUUCUCUGCCUGGAGGGUAACGGUGCCUGGAAAAUGAAAGGAGGAGAGAUGAAAGUUCACAAGAUCAGGGAACUGAGGGUGUCGGGGAGAUAGUACCGAAGACGAGUUGAGGCCAGCCUAGAUCAGCUGAGAUCACACCGACUGGCAGGGUGGGUUCAAGGGGCUGAGUGGCCUCCUCCCAUUCCUAUUCCCUUGUAUUCUUCUUUGGUGUUGUCCCGAACAAUUCAUCGUGGGCCAGUUGUCCCGCAGUAUCCCCAAGGAUCCUGGGCCUCACGUGCAGAAGGGGGAAAGAUGGUGAGGUCUUUGAAAAGAAAGAACUUGGUUUGAGAAUGAGUAGUUUCUGAAGUUUGUUUAUUGGUUAGACCAAGUUAGUUUGUUGGUUGGACUGAUAAUCUGGAGGCCCAAACUGAUAGCCCGGGCUCAGCAUUGCAGGGUUUCUAUUCAAGUGUGUAAAUGGGUCUAGAAUGGAAUAAACAGGUUAACACAAUGUCUUAAAGGAGACAGCAGAGGCCAGGGGCUGGAAUAUGGAGCAAGACACACAAAAAGCUGGAGGAGCUGAGCAGGUUGGGCAGCAUCUGUGGAGGGAAAUGAUCGGUCAGCAUUUUGUCUCGAGACCAUUCAUCAUCAUCAUCAUUAUGUGCCGUGUCGUAUGAUAUAGGCGAUUAUGGUCUUUGACCAUGAUUGUUCUUGGCACCUUUUUCUACAGAAGUGGUUUAAUUGCCUUCUUGUGGACAGUGUCUUUACGCCAGCUAUUAUCAAUGCUCUUUAGAGAUUUCCUGCCUGGUAUCAGAAGUCACAUAACCAGGAGUUGUGAUACGCACCCCCUGCUCGUAUGACCAUCCACCAGCUGCUCCUGUGGCUUUCUGUGACCCUGAUCAGGGAGGGGGGUUGUUGGGGGGCUAAGCAGGUGCUACACCUUACCGGAGGGUGACCUGCAGACUAGCAGAGGGAAGGAGCACCUUACACCUCCUUAGGUAGAAACAUACAGUUGGAGUCAGAAGAUUACAUACUCCUUAGCCAAAUACAUUUAAACUCAGUUUUUCACAAUUCCUGACAUUUAAUCCUAGAAAACAUUCCCUGUCUUAGGUCAGUUAGGAUCAUUAUUUUAAGAAUGUGAAAUGUCAGAAUAAUAGUAGAGAGAAUGAUUUAUUUCAGCUUUUAUUUCUUUCAUCACUUUCCCAGUGAGUCAGAAGUUUACAUACACUUUGUUA